AUGCCAACCGUGCGCGUGGAGAUUGAGGACUACGACGACGACUCCGAGUCGGUUUCAAAAGAAAAAGAGAUCAUCGACGUCGCGCAUUUCGUACCGGACACGAAGAAAAAACCGGAACAGAUUCGAGCGACGUGUGGACCGCACGUGGGACAGAGAAUUCGCUUGAAACUCGCACCGUUCGAUGAUUAUGAUUUGGGAGAGAAGAAAAAGGCGAUCGUGAGAACGAGCUCUGUUUUACGAUUCGUCGUCGCGAAUGGCGUGCAGAUCGAGUCGGAGAUUCAUCCGAAACUGCCGGACGAUUUUGAUGGCGGGGAGAGUUUUUCGAGACAAUUCGGGACGUUGAAGCAACACGGCGUGGCGUUACAGGUGAGGUUUAAACCAGUUGGUCACAUCGGCGAAAACGACGACGACAGCAAGGGAAAGAGAAAGAUUGAAAAACUCACGAUUGGUAAAGCAAACACGUUGUACGAGAUUUGCGACGGCGCAAUCACGAUCGACAAGAUGUCCUUGGCGGCGUCGAUAACGACAUCACGAGUGGCCGAGGCGGCGAAACCGUUCGUAAACGUAAACGAAGAGACGCCGAGGAUAGGAAAAUCGCCAGAAGUGUGGAAUUUUACGAAGAAAAACAAGGACGAUUCGGAUUACGAUCGCAAAAAUCCGAACCAAAUACGCGCCGAUCAGAGAGGCCAAGAGCGGUGCGAUGAAAUCGCCAAAGAGUACGAGGAAGAGACGAGACACUGGAUGGGGACGAACAAUCACGUGAGCGGACAAAUAAAAGUGAUGCAAGAUAUCGAUAAGAAAGUUGCGGCUUUGGAAGGUAAACUGAAAGCGGUGACUGGAUUUAUCGUCGCCCUGGAAAAUUUAAAAGAACAAGGCAAAUAUUCAACGCAAGAAGACGAACUCGUCGCCACGCGGGAAAUGAUAGCGCAAGCCGAGGAAGAGAUCAGAAUCAUCGGCCACGAAUCACUUGAGAACGAAGAUGAUGAAGAUGAGGUGAAUACCAGCGGCAAAACUCGAGCGCGCGAGCACCAACACUUCCAACGACAACCGUUCCACUCCUUCUCUCUCUCUCAACUCGGCGUUUACGUGGACGAGUGCGAGAAUCAACCCAUCUCUGGCCUGAAAAAAAUCCUCGCCAAAACGCGCGACUCGCUCCAACUCGCCACACGAAUUCAAAAGUGCGCACUCCGCGACGCGCACCUCCGCCACAACUGGGACGCGUACGAAUCCAACGUCGAAACUCGAGACGUUCUCGAAAACGGCAUUCGCCGAGAGGACAUGGAACGCCUCCUCGGCCGCGAGGCGACGAAGCAAGACGUGGAAGCGAGCAUGCGAAUACCUCUCCGCGAGAGAGCGAAGAUUGUUGGCGGCGCGACCGAUGUCGCCGCCGGAGACGACAGAGCGAUGCUCGCCGAAGCAGAGAGAAAUAAACGCGAGAAACAAUUAUUAGAUGUUGACGACGAUCGCUCCUACUUUUUGUCUUGA